GCAGCACCCGUGGCGCAGACGCCCGGCUGGCUUUAGCAGCACCCGUGGCGCAGCCGCCCGGCUGGCGUCCCCCGGGCGCGGCGGGCCCUCGGAUGGCCUUCGGCGCGGUGGUGCGGCAGAGGGCCCCGUCGCUGCCGCGCGAGGUGUCGAGGGAGGCGGCGCUGGUGCCGGGCUUGCGGGCAGGGGGCGCCCACGAGAGCGCCCGGGCCCGCGCUGGCGAGCUGGAGGCCCGGUGCACGCGCCUGGCGGCCAGCGAGGAGCGCCUGCUGGAGAGCCUGCGGCAGCUGCGGCAGAAACUCGAGGCGUCCCGCCGCGAGAACCUGGCGUGCGUGGAGGCCGCCGAGCGCGAGAUCGAGCGCUUCCAGGGCGAGUUGCGGGCCAGCGAGGCCGUCUGCGAGGACCUGGAGGGCAAGAUCCGCGCGGACGCCGACGGCGAGCUGGCCGCCCCCGCGGUGCAGGAGGAGGACGCCCCGCGCCGGGCCGCCAGCGAAGCCGGGGCCCUGCGCGAGGGCGCGGUGCGGCAGUUGCAGCAGAAGCUGCGCGAGGUCGAGCGCCUCCGCGCAGAGGCGGGCGCCCGCGCGGAGGCGUGCGAGGCCAUGGCGCGGGAGGCGGCACCGCUGGAGCAGGAGCUGGAGCGCGACCGCCAGCGCGAGCGCAGGCUCCUCCAGGCGCAGGCCAUCGGCCGGCGGCUCCUCCUCCGCGGCCCCGGCGCCUGGGCCUUCCAGGCCCACGCGGCGGGCGCGCGCUGCUCCCGCGCCCUGCGCGAGCGCGGGUGCCACCUCGCAGAGAGGCGGCGGCGGCGGCAGUGCGCACGGGCGAACGCGGCGUGGUCGGAGUGGGCGCACCGGCAGGGCGCCAUCCGCCGCACGGUGCGGCCGCUGGCCCGCUGCACGCCGCGGCGCGUGCUCCUGGCCUGGGCGGCGCAGGCGAGGAUCCAGGCCCGACUCGCGCCGAGGGCGCGCCGCUGGAGCAGCAGGCUGCUGCUGCUGCAGCGCCCGCUGCUGCCGCGGUGGG